CUUUACUCUCACCACCUCGUUCCUGCCCUUUUUAUCACUUCCUAUUCCCUAUGGGUGCAGCGUCCCGACUUGAGUGGAAGAAUCCUAAUACGAACGGAAGUGCCUCGCCGUGUUUCCCUCGGAACACAUGCAACAAGAACACGAGCGCUUGCCUAUGAAUACACUUUGAUGAUGUUCGGCGACCAAUACGGAUGGGAGCACAUGUGGGCAGAAGAAAAAAUACGGUAUGAAUUGACAGGUUAUUUAAGGUAUCGGACCGAACAACGCGGAAAAGGAUGGUUCAGGCGUGGUGGUGGCAGGGUUAGUAAGUUAUUGUCGAUCCCGACCAUAGGCCGCCCAGUAUAAGUAUUACAGGCCCGACCCCUAAGAAGAGUUACCCCCUAUUCCUACGACCUCAUGUCUCCCCUCCUCCUCGUGUCGCUUGCCCUUCUCCUCGUUAUUCUCCUCCUCCUCCUCCUUCCCCGUCGAAGUAAAAACUCCUUCCCAAGACCACCCGGCCCUAAAGGCCUCCUUGUUAUUGGAAACUUGCUCGAAAGUCUCUCACUCUCCCCCUCUUCCUUCGCAAAAUGGACCGCCGAAACGGGGAGCCCGAUAGUUUCGCUCAAUGUCUUUGGGCAGACGAUAGUCGUUCUGAAUUCAUGGAAAGUUACCUCUGACCUACUCGAGAAGCGCGGAUCGAUUUACUCUGACCGACCAAAACCAGUGUGGUGCGGAGAAUUGAUAGGAUGGAAAAGCGUCGUGUUGUUUGCCCCGUAUGGCGAGCGAUUAAGAGAGCAGAGGCGGCUGGUGAGGGGGCUCAUUGACUGCAGAGAGCAUAUGGAGAAGAUUCUCAGCGUCGAUGAGAUGGGACGGCAUUGGAGGGAGUUCCUUGGCAACUUGCUGAGAGAGCCAGAGGGAUUGGAUAGACAUAUUCAUAACACCUCUGUUGGUAUCCUCCUUCAGCUUUCGCAUGGUAUUUCUGUGGACGAUCACAUCCAACAAAAUACCGACUCUGCAAUGAAGCAGUUCAGCAUUGUUACGGCUCCCGGUGCAUCAAUAGUAGACCUCUUCCCCCCGCUGCAAUACUUGCCCAAAUGGUUCCCGGCUUCGUUCAUUAAGCAAGCAGCUGAAUACGCACGCGUUUUAGCGGAUAUGGUGGAUGUACCUCAUGGUAUUGUUAAACGGCAUCUGAGUGAAAGUACGGCUAACCCGAGUUUCACGUCAACUUACUUGCAACAAGACAAUGUUACCCCGGAGCAGGAGGAGCUCAUCAAGUGGACUGCUGCGUCAAUAUAUUUUGGUGGUUCUAACACUAGCGUUCCAACCCUCCUUACAUUCUUUCUUGCGAUGUCAUUGCAUCCCGAAGUGCAAAGAAGAGCACAGGCCGAAGUCGAUGCUGUUACUGGCGGAACGCGUCUUCCGACACUCGAAGAUCGUGCGCAAGGUCGUCUGCCGUAUGUCGAAGCCAUCGUGCAGGAAACUUUCAGAUGGAAUCCUGCGACGCCGAUAGGCUUCCGCGAAACUACAAAAGACGACGUGUACGAAGGUUACCUUAUCCCCAAAGGGUCCAUCGUUAUGCCGAACAUUUAUGGCUUCUUGCAUGACCCUGAGACGUACAAAGAUCCGAUGACAUUUAAUCCCGACCGGUUCAUGGGCAAGGACAGGGAGAGAGAUCCGAGACCGCCGUGCUUCGGAUUUGGAAGGAGAGCGUGUCCUGCACUAGGACUCGGUGAAACGAACGUCUUCCUUGCUGUCUCCGCCACUUUGGCCACAUUUAACAUUACUUCCAAGUCGAAGAUAAAACCUCCGUCACCAUCACCCGAAUAUUUUACGACCGGUGGGACAAUAAGUAGGCCGAAACCUUUCGACUGCGACAUAAGGCCCAGGAACGAGCGUGCUGUUGCCCUUAUAAGGGCAGAAAACGAUUAGGGGAUGCCCUAUUGCUAUGCAUUGAACAAUCUUUAUUAUGACUGCAUCUUACCACUACUAUCUAUGUAUUCAUUAUCGUUACCGUACUGUAUAUGACCUAAGUCCUUAUUACUUACGUGCCUACUAAAAGUUCUUUACUUACUAGACCUACCUUAUCUAGUCUAGAAAUUCGACUUCGCUUUUAGGAUUGUUACAAUACUCGCAUUCAGAUUAAUUGCAUCCACUUUUUCUC